AUGUUUCGCACUCGUUCGAUCAUCUCCGGUUUUCUUUUGAUCGUCGCUGGGGUUUUUGCUGAAGAAGUGGCUUUGCACGAUAAACCACCGGCAAGUCUAGUGAGAAGUGGGAUCGAGCAAAGACAAGCCAUUCCGAAUGAUCAAACAACGAUUUCUCCAAUUGGUGGAGGAGUCAUGGAUAACCACAAAAGCUUUGGCUCGGCAUCGGGUGAGGAUGAAACGUCUGGAUUGGGUGUGAUGGAUGGUCACAAAGGUCCAAACGUACAAUCUGGUCAAGGGUUGAUUGGCAGUGAGGAAAAUAUUGGUGGACAUCUCGAUGAGCCGGACGUGAAGAUUGGAGCAACAACUACCGCCAAGCCAGAUGACAGCGCUGAAGUCACAACACUCGCUGCUGGGCAAACUCGAACACACAAAGCAAAAACAAAUCUCGGUCACGGUCACGGUCACGGACACGGGCGCUUUGACGAUUACGAAGAUUACGGCAUGAUGCGUUACCCUGGAAUGCAUGAAUUCGGUUAUCCUGGCUACCCUCCAAUGAUGAUGCCACCUUAUGGUUUUAUGGAUCAUUACAGACAUGGUUUUGGAGGAAUGGGACGUGGAUUUGGUGAAGAUAACUAUAAGAACAGACAUCAAGGAUAUGAUGUCAUGGGUAAUGAUAAAUACUAUGACAGUGACGAGGAUAGCGAUGAAGAUGAGGAUCGGGAUCGUCGGGAA